UGAACAGAGUUUGCAGAGAAAACAUCAAGCAUCAGCAAAAGGAUAAAGGGAGAAAAGCAAAGGCAUUACUUCAUCAUAUGCCAAAGAUGACAGUAGAAAACACAAACUCUACUUUAGAGCCAGAAUCUUUGACUUGGCCAGCUUACCUCUAUCGAGACUUCAUGGUGUAUCCCUCAACAAUGCUAUGGAUUCUGAUAAUAUUAUAUUAUCCCCUUAUUGUUUCGUUCUCCAUGCUCUACGUGAGCAAUGCAUUCUUUUUUAUUUGUCGUAUGGUGGGUAACUUCCAAGAAGAGAGCAAACUAAAAGGGAAGCCAAGGCAAAUAACCUCAGUUCUGUCAGAUAUGAUAGGAAAGAUACUGCAUGGUUAUGAAGUGUGUGGGAUAGAAAACUUACCCAAAGGAGCUGCUGUUCUUGUUUAUUAUCAUGGAGCCGUUCCUUUGGAUUAUUACUUCUUUGUACAUAGAGUUUAUCAAAUGACGGGUAGAUUCUGCUCUUCAGUGGUGGAUCAUGUCACUUAUAAUUUUCCAGCCUUCAAACAAUAUUUGCACAUAAAUCAGUGUUAUAACUGUACAAGAGAGGAAUGUGUGGCUCUUCUGAAGGAAGGGCAUUUACUGGGCAUUGCGCCUGGUGGACUUCGAGAGCAAAAUUAUGGGGACAAUACUUACAAGCUUCUGUGGGGGAAAAGAAAAGGAUUUGCUCAAGUAGCCAUAGAGGCAAAAGUGCCCAUCAUCCCUGUCUUUACUCAAAAUCUGAGAGAAGGCUACAGGACAUAUGGAAACAUAAGGCCAAUGAGAUGGCUUUAUGAACGAACUCGAAGUUUAUUCUUUCCACUAUAUGGACUCAUUCCGGUCAAACUUCGAACCCAUAUUGGGCAUCCAAUUCCAUAUGAUCCAAACAUAACGGCUGAAGAACUAGCUGAAAAAACAAAAAUUGCAAUGGAAGCUUUACGAGACAAGCACCAGAAAAUACCUGGAAGCAUCCUGAGAGCUCUCUGGGAACGCUUUGAGAUGCAUCCCAAAAACGAAUAGUGUGAAUAAAGGAAUAUGCUGAUACAGUUUUUCUUAUAUUGUUGUCUCACAAAUACUUCUUGUUGCUGUUGCUGUUGUUGUUGUUGUUGUUGUUGUUGUUGUUGUUGUUGGCCUUCAAGCCAUUUGUGACUAAUGGAAAUUCUAAGGAGAACCUACCAUGGGCUAUUUUUUAUAAGAUUCGGGGGGGGGGGGGCUAUCUUUGCAUUAUUCUUAAGUUGAGAGCAUAUGACCUACCCAGUGGGUUUUCAUGUCUAAGCACGGAUUCAAAUCCUGGCUUGUAGAGUCAUAGUCCAAUAGUCAAGCUACUACACAUUCUGGCUCUUUGACAAAUGCUGCCUGUAGGGAAAAAAAGAAAUGCAUGAUAACGUCCUCUGCAAUCUCCACCUUUUUUAUGGAAGUUAUUAUUCUUAAACCUAAUGAUGCCACAGUUUUCGCCAGAAGAGCAACUGCAGGAAAGGUUUGUUGCACGAGCCAAGCAAGGGAAGAAUGAUGGAAAACAUGAGGUAUUUAACUGAAGAUACAUCAUAGUCAUUUUGAAACCUGUGAAUAUGAAGAAGAAAAAAAUUCACCACUCCUACGUCUGUAUGCCAUCAUCCAGAAUUGACUUUCAAGUGAGCAUAGGCUUAUUACAUAUGGACUCAACAACUUUUGAUUAAAACAACCAACUGGAA